UAGAAGUAUUUUAUAUUUUUGCUUAAUUGGAAUUGAUUCCGUUUCGCUGCGUUUCAAAACGCUUAAGAUGCUCGACGCGAGCACAUCGUUUACGCUUUUAUACCUUCGAUUUGAAAAUUGAAAAUACGGAAAAGAUUUUUUUCAAAAAACAAAAAUAAUUUAAAAAAAAAAACAAUCAUCCCACAUAAAAAUAAACGUUCCUCUAUUAUUUUUAGUAGGGACAACGUUGAAAAACAGUGUUUUUUAAAAAUAUCUAAAAGUCAACCUCAUGUGAUUUAUAAUUAAACGUUGCGAAUUCAAAAAUGUUGCAAAUCGAAAUACUUUUGAAAACACUUUUACUAGUGGUUUUGUCUGCGAGUGCUGUUGUAUCUAUCUUGGAUCCACAUUACACUGAAAAAACAAAAUCUUAUCACUUGGAUCCAUACAUUGCUCGAGAGUUGCAACGCACACAUCAUCAACCGUCCCACGAGGGAAUCCCCACUUACCGCUCAUCAGAAAAUAACCCAAGGUUAUCAUCGUUUGGACCGCGUUAUCAGGAAACCAGUAGCAGCAGCAGCAAUGACAACGUUGAACAACAUGAACGCCAUGCAAAUCAUGACCGCAAAGAUUAUGCAAACAAUCUGGAUGAGAAUUAUAGUGGUUGCCCAUCGGGAUACACAGGAUUGCUUCCCUAUCCAUAUGACUGUCGACGUUUUGUUAAUUGCUGGAAGGGACGUGCUUACAUACAAACAUGUGGCCCAGGAACUGUCUUCAAUGGAGACACUCUGGAAUGUGACAACCCUAACAAGGUGGUUUGUAAGGGACUAAAUGCUAAAGCAUUUGAACAACAACAACAACAACAACAACCAUCAAAUAAUCGUUUAGGCAGGCUACAGCAAUAUGAUAAUGAGGAUGAGAUGGACAGUGUUUCCUGUCCAAAAGGACACACUGGCCUGUUGCCUCACCCAAAUGAUUGUUCAAAAUUUUUGAAUUGUGCCAGUGGCAUAAUGCAUAUCCAGACUUGUGGCCCACAAACAAUGUUCAAUCCACGCAUGAAGGUAUGUGAUUUUGCUACCAAGGUCGAUUGUACAGGAAGAGCAGGAGGUGGUUCAUCUGUUAAAACACCUACACCAUCUCCUGAAUCAUGGAAUGGAGGAAAUCGUGGCGGAAAGAAUUUCGAAAUUACCACAACAUACAAUCAGCUUUCACAACCACAGAGAAAGGGCUGGCCGCCACACUUUCCCAACCACAAUCAUAAUCAUCAUCAUUUACAUCAUUCGCAUGGCUUUCACCAUGGAUUCCACCAUGAUUAUCCACCUGGUGGAUUAAGAGGUGGCCCAUUUAUGCACCACCACAACCACAAUUGCACUGACAGAGGACAUAAUCACCAUCAAACCACGACACAAACACCAACAGCUGUCCAAACACCACUCAUCUACAGAAAUCGUUGGGCUUCCAUGAAUCGAACACGCCCAGCUGCUCCAACAACUAAAACCCCAACAGCUCCAAGUGGCUCCUGGACACCAAGCCAACAGCCAUCAGGUUGGAGACCGAUUCCAUCACAACCAACUUGGUCUAAUCGUGGAAACUCAGGACAGCCUACAACAACAACAACACCAAUUCCUCCAAGUAAUUAUCCAAAUAUUUAUUACGGAAGCACUCCCAUUCCUGGCACUGAUAGCACAAUUUACUAUGCACAACCUGUCGACGACAAUCAGCCAUCUGAGGAAGUUUUUAACAAUGUAGUUGGGGCAGAUAUAUCUGAGAUAACACUUCCAGUAAAUCGACGUAAUUUCAGUCGGGGUGGGUUUAUUCCCUCUCCUAAUGAUGAUUUGGAGACCACUGAUCCUUCAAUGGAUGCUAUAAAUAUCCCGAAUAUGAAUCUCAUGCCUCCAUAUCCAACUGAUCCAACUGAUCAAAAUCCUGAUCAAUACACACCAUCAAGACAUAGACCUCAAUUCCCUCCUUUACCACCUUCAAGAGAUUCGGCCUUUUUCACUCCGGGUUCUCUUCAGCCUCCGUCAUCACAAACUUUUGAUGAUUCAAUGGAUUCUAUAAAUAUUCCAAAUAUUAAUCUCAUGCCACCACAUUUUUCUCCUCCUGAUGACACACAAUCAGAGAUUCCUGAAGAAUUUCCUCCCUUCCAACCUCCUCCACUUCCCCCACUCCCGCCUAAACCUUCAAGCAAGCCUGAAAGUAGGCCAAACUUUGGUGAUGAAGAACCUAUGGAUGGAAUUAAUCUGCGUAGCAAGUUUCCCAUUCCAGAAACAACACCAAAAUGGCAAGAUAAUUAUCCGGACUACUCAUCCCAAUAUCCAUCUUUUACAUUACCCAAUUCCAAGCCGGAAUCAAGAGAUUCAGUAGCUGAGCCAGGUCAGCCAUCUUGGUUAAGACCUAAACCUCAACCCCAACCUCAACCAUCACGACCAAGUUUCAGUUCAAAGCCUGGAAAUUCAGGCUCUGUUAGUCCAACACCUCCGACAAAACAACCAAAUCCCUGGCUAAGGUUCGAUGAGUCGAAUCUUUUUGGGGGAAUGCUUCCUCCUCUUCCUCCAUCAGGAUCAUCAUUUCCCCCUUUUCCCACAACACCAACACCUUCAUUUUCAACAACACCAUCUCCAGGUUUGAAGACCAAUGUGCGUGUUUUCCAGAUUUUUCCACCAGUUCAAAAUGCCACAACAAAGAUUCACCCUAACCCCUUUUAUAGUCCAUCUUAUUCCGGUGUAGCUCAUUCCCGUAACACCUCUUGGCCAAGUAUCAAGACCUCUCCUCCAAACCGAAGUACACCUUCCCCUCCAUCUUCCCCUCCACCUAAAACACCAACUCCAGACCUUGAGAGUCGGUUUGAGCCUGAUAUCGUUUUCAGUCAUGAUGGAGGUGUUGUGGUUGCCAGUCACCAUAUGGCUCCAACAACAACUCAACGUCAUGGUCUAUCGCCACCAAAUUACAAUCGAGAGUUCUAUAAGCCAACAACACCCAUGACUGUUCAACGGGCUGCUCCUCUCGAAACCGAAACCGAUGACGAAAUAAAUUCGAUGCCCAUAAGUGAAGCAAUUAAAUUGCUGCUGCGUCCUUAUAUCAAUCGAAGUGGAACAGUGACAGAUGAUAUGGUCUCUAAAGCUGAGUCACACAUAAUGAACUUAUCCCAGUCACUUGAUUCAACUUCUGCUACAACAACCACCACAACUACAACACCUGAUUCAAUCCAUAAAGAUGUUGAAAUUGUCUUUGCAGGUGAACAGAAUAGUUUAUCACCAAGUUAUGCCCCUCCAACUCCUAUCCAAUCUCCUACCCAACCAUCAUCACCUCCAUCAUCUAAAUAUCACGAAAGACAUGAUAGACAUUUUCAUCAAAUGCAUCCUAAUAUGCCGAAUCCUUUUGGGAAUGAAUUAGGUGCUGGCGGGAAUUAUAAUAAUAAUGAUGAUGGCUCUAGGGUUGGUACAACUUCAAUACCAGCUGAAGAAGAAGAAACUUCUCGGAUGGAUGGUAGUGAUGUAUGCGAAUUUGAUUGUGGAAAUGGACAAUGUGUCAAGACAUUUGAGACAUGUGAUGGAAUUAAUAAUUGUGGAAAUAGAAAAGAUGAGGAGCAAUGUAAUCAUUUGGGUUAUGAAGUUCGAUUGUCUAAUCAGGGUUAUGGAAGAAUUGAAGUUAAAAUCCUUGGCCAAUGGGGAUACGUAUGCGAUGACAAGUUUGGAAUUCUAGAUGCCAACGUCGUAUGUCGAGAGCUAGGUUUCCCACUUGGUGCUAGCGAUGUGCAUGGCAAUUCAUACUAUCCACCUGCUGACAAUGGUGAAGUUUCCUUCGUUAUGGACGAAGUUGAUUGUACUGGCAAUGAAACAUCUCUGAAAGACUGUCGUUUCAUGGGUUGGGGUGUAAGUGACUGCGGGCCAGAUGAAGUUGUUGGUGUACAAUGCAAGACACCGGUCAUGACAUGCCCCAAUGACUAUUGGUUAUGUAGCACAUCAAAGGAGUGCAUUCCACCGGCAUUUGUGUGUGACAAUGUUCCAGAUUGUUCAGAUAAGUCGGAUGAGAGUACAGAAGUUUGCAAUUCGACUGUGGAAUUUAGACUGAAAGGAGGAAAUGUGAAGCAGGAAGGUCGUCUAGAAGUUUUGUAUCGUGGUGUCUGGGGGACAAUUUGUGAUGAUGAUUUUGGACAAACUGAAGCUCAAGUUGCAUGUAAUUCUUUGGGUUAUUAUGGACCUGCGAAAAUUGUAAAGAAUGCCUUUGGUCCUGGUUCAGGACCCAUUUGGCUCGAUCAAAUUUCAUGCUUUGGUAACGAAACAACUCUUGAUACAUGCAACCAUUGGUCUUGGGGUGAACACAACUGCAAUCACACCGAGGAUGUUAGUCUCGUAUGCACUCCAGGCCAAGUCCCCAAAACCAAAAUAAAGAACAAACCAAGCUCUGACGAAGAUCUACAAACCGCAGACACCGAUGACAUCGGUAUGGAUUUAUACCCGAUGGAAAGGUCUAGCAAGUUUGCUGCAAAUUCCCGUAAAGUAUGCGGUCACUUUAAUGCAAACUUGACAGACGAAAUACCUCGUGAGCUAGAACGUGUUGUCAAGGGAAACAUUGCCAAAAGAGGCCAUCAUCCGUGGCAAGCAACCAUUCGUACUAAAGGUCGCGGUGGCAUCUCCAGCCAUUGGUGUGGAGCGGUGUUAAUUUCAAAGAAACAUCUUCUCACAGCCGCCCACUGUUUGGUUGGUUACCCCAAAGGAGCAUACUUCAUUCGCUUAGGUGACCAUUAUGCAAAUAUUGCCGAAUCAUCGGAAAUUGAUUCGUACAUUGAGAACUGGUACAUCCAUGAAAAGUUCCGAGAGGGUACCCACAUGAAUAACGAUAUUGCUGUGAUAGUCAUGAAGAAUCCGGUUCGGUUCAACGAUUACAUCCAACCAAUUUGUCUGCCACAGGAAGGAACCGAGUAUAAGGAAGGUCGGAGAUGCACCAUAUCCGGAUGGGGAUCUAUUCAGUCGGGAGUCUCAACUCCAUCGAAUAACCUUCGAGUUGCAGAGAUUCCGGUGAUAUCGGAUGAAAUCUGUAAGCUGCCACACGUUUAUGGUAGCUCUGUGACUGAGGGGAUGUUUUGUGCUGGUUUUCUGGAGGAGGGUGUGGAUGCAUGUGAGGGUGAUUCGGGUGGACCGUUUGUGUGUUCUGAUUCUGAUUCGGAAACACUUUAUGGAAUAAUAUCCUGGGGUCAGCAAUGCGGUCAUGCUAAUAAACCUGGUGUUUAUGUAAAGAUUGAAAAGUAUCUCAAUUGGAUAUAUGAGAAAAUUCGAUUUUCUAUGCAGAAACCAGAUUAAAUGGAGGGGAGUUUUUUUUUUUUUUUUUUAAGAAUGGAAGAGAUAAAUAUUUUGCCAUAGGCAUUUUGUAGAUACUAGAUUUAUAAUACUCAAAGAAAAAAGUGAAAAAUUUAAAGAU